AUGGAGGGCGAGGACGUGGACGUGGACGUGGCAGUAGGGCUGUGGCUCGACGCACAGGGCGGAGCGGACGAUGCGGCGCACACACAGCCCGUCGUCGAUGAUGGACGGCAUUCCGUGCUGCAAGGAGAAGAGGACACCGGACGACUAGGAGCCAGACGCGGCGGCACAAGGCUGGAGCCAAAUGGCAGCACGGGGAAGAGUAUGCUUAUCCAGAGCAAGGCGACCGACGGGGGGCUUCUGCCAGAAGGCCUCGUACCGCCGAUGGAACGGGUGGACAAGAUGCCGCCCAGCAAGAGGUCGCGAUCCUCCGAGUCCUCCCCCUCCUCCUCGCACGAUCCAUCCGUGGCCAGAAGCGUCUAG